AUGGCAAAGUAUUAUUUUCCAGAGGAAAUCAUACGCGAAAUUCUAUUGAGACUCUCCCACGUGAAAUCCCACGUGAGAUUUACUUGCGUAAACAAAUCAUGGCGGUCCAUCAUCAAAAGCCCCAGCUUUGUUUCCGCUCACCUCGCCCGCACAAACGGUUCCGACAACGACAGUGAUCGCCUCCUCCUUCUAAAGCAUUCCGGUACAGAGGUCAAUUGCCUCCACGAUGGUUCCACCACCGCCAUUGUCACCGCUUGCCUUGGCGAACAAGUAACAGAAGAAGGCAAGCACAAGAGCAAAUCAUUCGUUGAAUACGCGGAGUUGAGAUUCCCAUGCAAAAGCUUGAGUCGUAGUUUUGAGGUGGUCGGUUCCUGCAACGGGUUAGUGUUAUUAAGGCGUUACACCAACACCCUUAUUCUAUGGAAUCCAUCGAUUAGAAAAUUUGUGAGUCUUCCCAAACCCGACAAUGCGGGAUAUGAAGGCUGCAAGUGGGCUUCUACCGGAUGGGGAUUUGGGUUUGAUUCUCUGGAAAACGAUUACAAAGUAGUGAAAAUUGUCAAUCACGUAGAAAUCGAUGGUGAUAUGAAAGUAGAUUCUCACGUUCAGGUUUUUUCACUCAAUUCUGGCUCUUGGAAAACCAUUGGUGCUGUUGGUGUUCCUGGGUGUCGUUUCCUUAAUGAUCACCGUGGCACGCAAGCUUUCACCAAUGGGGCUAUCCACUGGCUAACUAUAGCCCGGAUUGAAAAAGAAGUUUUUCAGAAUAUAGUCGUGUCGUUUGAUGUAAGCAAUGAGAUAUUUCGUGAGAUAAGGCUACCAACUGAAAUAGCUUACGCUUUCCCAUCAUUCUUGUCUAUCUCAGUGUAUGGAAAGAUGGUUGCGGUGUGUGUUGUUAGUGCUUCAGUUCAUUAUAUGUGUUGUAUGUGGGUGAUGACAGAAUGCAAAUCAUGGACCAAACUUUUAAGUUUUGAUACAAUAAAUAUACCGAAGCCUUUGGGUUAUACAAAAGCUGGCGAGCUGCUGUGGGAAAGGGAUGGUGGAGAGCUAACUUCGUAUGAUCCCAAGAGCCAAAAAAUGGUGAACCAUAACGUUAAUGGUGGUCGGUGGGGAUUUUGUUUUGCUAAUUCCUAUGUGGAGACCCUCGUUUUACUGAACGAAGCAACAGAGCAAACCCUGCAGCAGGGGAGAGUGAACAAGAAGAGAAAAACCAGAAACGACGACACGCUUUCAUUUUCGAUUUAA